UAUUUUAGUUGGAGACAAACGAGAAUUCCUUUAUUUGUUCAUUUUCCAGUUCACAGUCAUAAUUCAUAUCAUCACAACGGUAUCUUCAACAGUUAGAAAUAAUUUUUAAAAAAUUUUUCAUCAUAGUAUCGAAUGAUAAUUUUUUAAAUUAUCACCUCCACUGAUUAGAAAUCUAUUUUCAAUUUAUCUUUAGUUAGAGAGAUAAAUUUUUAUCGCAACAUGAAUACCAAUGCCGAUGUAAAUGAUAUUCACUUAGCAUUUAGUAUGAUAAACGAAUUUGAAACUGUAUGGUUAACGAUAAGUAAAGAGGAGCCUAAUCAAGUCAAUUAUCGUAUAAUAAAAUCAUACUUGGAAUACAUAAAGAAGCAAUUAGAUUUUAUCAUGAAACCUCAUGCUUUUGAUCCUGUCGAGUAUCCAGAUCUAAUAGAAAAAAGAAAUCACUUUAUGAGAAAAUGUAUUCCACUUAUGGCUAAAGCGGAAGUAUAUUUGGUGAGAUACAAGGAGUUUGACUUCAACCUUGAAUUAUGGACAUGUGAAUAACUACUAACAUUCCGCGAAUAAUUUCAUAAAACUUUAUUGUUUUUAUAUGUAUAUUUCUAUACAUAUAUAUAUAAAAUUUUCAACAAUUUUUAUUUGGGGUUAUUUAAAUUGGCGGUUAGUAAAGUUGGGAAAUAUGCACGAAUUAUAAUUACAAGGUUUAUUAAUUCCUUAAGGUAUUAUAAAUAUCUAUGUUAAUUUUUUUUUAUGUAUAUCAGUUUGUUUAGACUAAAGUCUUUAUAUAUUCUUUCUGUAAUAAACAUGUAAACAUCAAUGAAAAGAAAAUUAUAUUUUAGUUAGAUUUUCUGUAGAUUAUGGAAUAUUUUUGGAUUUAAUAGGAUUCGCUAAAAUAAAAAUAUUUUGGAUUCUAAAGGCUAAAACAAAUACAAAAAUUAAUAUUUAAAAAUGUGUACUGAGAUUUGUUUAUUAAGUUAUCAAGUAUAUAUAUCAUAUUUAUCAAGUAAGUAAUUUUAUUUUGUAUUAUAAAAUGGAACAAUUUAUCGAAUGCUGAUGAUGGAUUGAGAAGGACAAUAAAGACGAUUUUCUUUCUUCUUUGCUUAAAAAUAUAAAAUUAUAAAAAAUUAUAUCUUAUUUUAAAAAAUUGUUAAAUAUAUACUUAAUUUAAUUUAAUUUACUACUUAUUAAAUUGUUUUGCAUGCUUAAUGCUUAAUAAAAAUAUAUAAUAUAAAUUAUAAAUACAAAUAUAUACAUAAAAAAUAUAAAUUAAAAACGAAUUUCAAAUCAUGUACAAGAAAA